AUGCCGGCUAAUUCGAAACCUGCCGUGCGCUCAAUAAACAUAACAAAAGAACAUCUAUACUCCGCAAGCGGUAUGGGUAACGGUAGUGAUAGUGACCGGGGUGGUGGUCACGGCAGACAGAGCGCCUCUGCCACCUCCACCUCGAGUCGCAAUGCAAACAAAAUGUAUAAUGCGAUGAAAGACCUUUAUAAUAAGGAGUAUGAGUCUGUCGAACGCUUAAGCGAAACCAGUUAUCCUCCAACUCAGGGAAAAGAUAAGAAGGCGGUUCAGCAAACCCCGCGUCCGACAACCCCAUAUGGUAACAGAACGAAAAACUUCAUCAAGCAAAACAAGAGUAUGGUGUCUUCCAUAAUCAAGAAGAAGGACGAUAUCUCACCUUCGGUUUUACCAAAUAAUUCCGUCAAGCAACAACAUUCACAACGCCCGCUCGUGAAUGCUCAACCGUCGGUACGAACCACCACCCGUCCUGACACUCCAAAGCUUGAUAAAAAGAAAAUCGUUCCUUCCAAUGAUACCCCUGUGCAGAGGGUGACAUCCCCAUCUGCUCGUCGACCGGCUUCACCUCCGGCCGCCGCUCAUCACGCCUCGGCUCACCAUCUCUCCCAUGCCCGCGCUGACUCUCCCGAUAGCGCGAUGCGCGAGGAAAUUAAAAAACUGAGACGCCUCUUGGCCUUGCGCGAAGAAAGCCUCCGCGAGAAGGAACUCGAAUUAAGAGAAAAGGAUGAUAUUAUCAACAGCUUGGAACAACGUAACCGAGAAUUGGAACGUUCGCUGCGUAUUAAGAACGAAUCCAAAUUAGCCGCUGACAAUUCUCCCAUGGGAAUUCUUUCGGCCAUCAUGAGCAAUAAUCAGAGAAUCCUUGAUAUUCAGUCCGAUUCAAAAUCAGCAGCUCCCGCGAGUUCACCAUCCUCUCCGAUUUCCCGAUCCCCUGUUUCGCCAAAGGCACCAACCCCCGCAGCUACCCCCGUCACAAAGGAUAAAGAACCCAACAAGGCCAACAACAAUAGCGUUAGAAAUGUCACGCCGGUGGUGUCAUCUGUGAAGUCCCAUCCUCGCGUGUCGUCUCCUAAGCCCACUGUUCAAACCUCAAAGAAGAUGGUGCGCCCCGACUUAUCUCCGUCCCCCGUCAGCAGACCUGUGGGGUCCGUGAGAGGCAACACGGUUUACGCGAAAAAGACCGCCGCCGAUUUUAAUGUUGUGAUGGAGACGGAUGAAAGUGAAGUUGACGAAUCCACCUCGGAGAAUGAAACGGGUGACGAUGAUUCUUCCAAUAGUUCUACUGAAGAUGAUUCCACUGAAGCGUUCGAAUAUCACCGUCAACCUAAGCUUCCGCGAGACACUCUGAAUCUCGAUGAGAAUGGUCCAGCACGAAAUCACGGCCAAUUGGUUGAAAAUCAAGAUGACACUGAUGGUAUUGGUCGCUUUACUAAACAUGAAUUGGGUGCAAUUGAUGAAGAUAGCGAAGAUGACGACGACGAAUUUGAAUUGGAUCAAGAGACGCAGAGACAAUUGCUUCUGAAAAGAUAUCGGGCUUCCAUGUCUUUCAAAAAUGGUUCAACCUUCAACGCCAUUUCCUCUACCACCGAUCGCCCCAUUCCCCAAAACAAUGUUCAACCUGUUCAACGUCGUCUCCGUCGCAACAACGGGAAUUCUUCAAAUUCUCCCAAAGAACACCAAUCCACCGCAAACUCAACAACUGUCUCGGCUUCCACUCCAUCUGAUCAAAAUGUCUCCACUGUUCUCAACGGUCAAUCGGUCUACUCAUCCUCACACUCUCACAUGGUUAACGGCGACGUCCUGAUUAAAAACAUUCAACGGUCUCAACCUCGCUACAAUGAUAAACCCCCAACCAAAGAUUUAAACGCUGACGCCUCAUCGGUCUCCAUUAAAGAUUACUACUCCCAUCGCGAUUCCACUUCUUCGGUCUCAUCUGAUUCCUCGACUUUCUCAAAAAAUGGUUCGUGCUCCUCAUCGGCUACGUCUCAAUCUGAUUCGGAACUCUGCACACCGGUCUCUGCUCACGUCAACAAUGGCUUCUCCUCUGAAAACCACCAUCCUGAUAAAUCGACUUCCUCGGUAAACUCUUCACCUUUGGUCCUCCCCCCCUCCUAUGUUCACGGCAAUGUUUCUGGUUCAAAUCCAAAUGGUCUAAACUCAUUCUCGGCGCAUAAAAACGGUCAGGCUAUUAACUCAAAUUCGACUUCAACCUCUCAUGACGAUCAAUACCCAACCUCGUACCUCCAUCACGCUGGUCAAUCUCCUAAUUUAAGACGCUCGGCUAAUCAAUCCAACAACUCUGCCUCCGCUCCACGCAAUGGUCAUGGCUUUCCUGAUUCGAUCACCAAAUCCAACAAACAAUUCACUGACUCAACCUCGGCCUCCUCUCGAAUGACUGACUCUUAUCAUCAUGUUUCAUCCCAAAACUUGGUCUCCGCUCCAUUGUCAACAUCUAGAGAUAACAGAUAUCCGGUAAAUACUCGUCGAACCCCAUCUCCGGUCUCUCCGCCUAGCGUCCGUCCAUUGUCACCUGCAUCUUCUACUUCUGGUAAUAAUGCUCCAACCUCUCGCGCACAAUCACCGGCCUCAUCAUCUCGAUCUUCAACCCCCGCCUCUGAAUCUAGCCGUUCUGCUUCUGGUCAAUCCCGCCGUACACCUCUCCGCGAAUCCUCAAAUGCUGAAUCAUCCUCUGACAAGAACUUCGUUCAACCACCCCCGCCACCACCGCCUGUAAAAGACUCGGUCGACACUUUGCAACACUUCCUCCGUAUGAUCUCUUCCCAAUGCGUUCACGGUGAAAACAACCCUCAGAAUAUUUACGACCUUAAAAAAGUCAUCGACGAGGGAUCUUCGGCCAAAGUUUAUACCACUCAUCGUAAGACCAAUCGCAACGAGGAACUUGCCAUCAAAGUUGUCCCGCUCACGUAUAACCUGGAGUUCAUCUUUAAUGAACUCUACGUGCUAAGGAACUUUAAACACGAGCACAUCGUUGAUUAUAAAGAGAGUUUCUUGAGGUGGGACGGCAAAAACCGAGAAGUUUGGAUCGCCAUGGAGAAAUGCGCGCUCGGGGAUGUGACUAGCCGUGCCGGUAAGAUCAACGAACGUGAAGUCUCCCGUAUCGCCAGAGAGCUCUUGGAAGCGUUGAAGCAUCUCCACUCGCACGGUGUCAUUCACCGGGACAUCAAGCUCUCCAACAUUUUGGCCGGUGCAAACAAAGAGACCAAACUUGCCGACUUUGGCAUCUCCUCCUUGACCCCCACUUCCACCACCUCCAUGGUUGGAACAAUUCCGUACAUGGCUCCCGACGUUGUUACCGUCACACCGGAUCGACCUUACGACACAAAAGUUGACAUCUGGUCCUUGGGUGUCUGUAUCUUGGAACUUUUAAGCGGAAAAGCGGCUUGGGGUCGCAUCAGGGACGAUGAGAUUAUGGACAGAUUACGCAGGGGUGAGACGCCAUACGGAUUUCGACGUUUGUCCGGCAGAACAGAUAUUGGGUGGGAAGUCAAGGACUUCUUGGAAAAAUGUUUUGCCAGCAAUCCAGAUGAUAGGUGGUCUGCAGAGAGUUUGUUAGAGAUCAACGAAUCGCCCACCCAUGCGAUCGAACUUAUUCUCGACUUGGAAGAGAUGCGGUUGAACAUGGACUUCUAUGUUCAAAUUCACGUUGCUUGA